GGCGUUUAGUGAAAAUUCGCAAAACCGGAGCGCUGGACGUCGGUCACCCCCUCUCUGCUCUCGGUGCACUUCGGAGCUGGCGAGAUGAACUCCAGCGGCAGCCCUGCACGAUGAUUUUUCUGGGGCAGAGACAUCUUCUUUGAAAAGCCUCAUACUGUAUUGAAGAUGGCAGAAGCAGUGUUGAUUGAUCUCUUUGGCUUGAAAUUGAACUUUGAAAAAAACUGUGACCAGACAUUACUGAAGACCUUGAAUACUAUUAGAUACAACCAUGCUACCAAGGCCAAGUUCCUUUGCAUAAUGUGUUGCAGUAACAUUAGCUGUGAAAGGGAUGGUGAACAUGAUAAUUGUGAAAUAGAAACAAGAAUUGAAUUAUCAACUCUCUUGAGAGAAUUUGAGACAGUUAGCAAUCCUAGCUUGGCUGCCUCUCUCUAUACCAUUAAACAAAAAAUUGAUGAAAAAAAUCUGAGCACCAUUAAGGUAAUUGUACCCAUACAUCGGAAGACAUUAAUAAAGGCAUUUAUUGAUCAACUCUUCACCACUGUUUACAAUUUUGAGUUUGAAGACUUACAGGUGACUUUGAGAGGAGAUCAUUUGAAACAGUCCAGUGAUAUAAAAGUCAUCACAACUCAAGAACUGGAAGCAGUUCAGAAUGAAAUAGAAACAUAUUUGAGAAGUUUGCCAGCUCUGAAAGGAGAAUUAACCAUUAUCACAUCUCCUUUGAUCUCAGAUAUUUUCAUACAUGGAUUUACAACAAGAACAGGUGGGAUAUCUUACAUACCAACUCUUAGCUCAUUCAAUCUCUUCAGUAGUUCCAGACGGAGAGAUCCCAAGGUGGUUGUUCAAGAAAAUCUGCGUAGGUUGGGGAAUGUUGCAGGAUUUAAUGUGGAGAAAUUUUACCGAAUAAAGACUGAUCAUGCCAAUGAUGUCUGGAUUAUGGAAAAGAGAGAGCCUGAGUCUUACGAUGGAAUCACCACAAAUCAGAGAGGAGUCACAAUAGCUGCUCUUGGUGCUGACUGUCUACCAAUAGUUUUUGCAGAUCCCGUCCAAAAAGCUUGUGGGGUUGCUCACUCUGGUUGGAAAGGUACUUUGUUAGGUGUUGCAAUGGCUACAGUGAAUGCUAUGCUAUCAGAAUAUGGCUGCAGUUUGGAAGACAUUGUUGUUGUACUUGGACCUUCAAUAGGACCUUGCUGUUUUACUCUUCCAAGGGAAUCAGCAAAGGCAUUUCAUAAUCUUGAUCCCGAAUGUGUACGGCUCUUUGACUCACCAAAUCCCUAUGUUGACAUCCGUAAAGCUACAAGGAUUCUUCUAGAACGGGGAGGAAUUCUUCCACGGAAUAUUCAGGACGAGUUACAAGAGCUCAACCUUUGUACAGCCUGCCAUCCUGACAAAUUUUUCUCCCAUUUCCGAGAUGGCCUUAAUUUUGGUACACAAAUUGGCUUCAUAUCAAUUAGAGAAUGAGAAACUGGACUGGAUUUUUGCCUGUUUCCUGCUUCUUU